AUGGUUCAGGCAGCACACUCCAGAACUGAUGAUGCGGAUUGGGAUCCACCACCGCCCUACGAGGCUUCUACUAGCAGCCAGUGGGUAGAUCACUCAACGAAUACUUUCGUACAGAUCCCAUGCCCCACGGCGGCUGUGCCGGAGCUAUCAUCAACUAGCGAUGGUCGCGUUGACGUGCGAGUCGGGUCCCGCUUCAGUCGCAACUUGGAAAAUAUUCUGGGUGAUCAACCCCCAGACCCGCUACAUGCCGUCGAGGAAACAUUCGCGUCACCAUCAAUAUCUGACGUGGAUUUCGACUUGAAUCUCAACAUUGUCGUCCAAGUGGUAGGGAGCCGCGGUGAUGUCCAACCAUUUGUGGCCUUGGGAGCCGAGCUGCGCAAACAUGGUCAUCGUGUCCGCCUCGCUACCCACGCCAUCUUCGAGGAACUUGUCGUCGGCGCAGGUCUGGAGUUUUUCUCGAUUGGCGGUGAUCCAGUUGAGCUGAUGUCUUACAUGGUGCGUCAUCCCGGGCUGAUUCCGAGCAUGGAGAGUCUGCGGGCAGGAGAUAUCCAGCGGAAGCGUGCAUCUAUCAAAGAAAUUCUCAACGGAUGCUGGCGUUCGUGUUUGGAGCCAGAUCAGCGUGAAGGUACGCCUUUCGUCGCAGACGCUAUUAUCGCGAACCCCCCGAGCUUCGCACAUAUCCACUGUGCACAGGCGCUCGGGAUUCCAGUUCAUCUUAUGUUUACUAUGCCGUGGACUAGUACCAGGGCAUUCCCUCAUCCAUUGGCGAAUAUGAAGUAUAACGGAAGUGACCCAUCUGUUGGGAACUUGAUAUCGUAUCAUUUCGUUGAGUGGCUGACUUGGCAAGGUCUAGGUGAUCUUAUAAAUGCAUGGCGCAAAGAAGCUUUGGAACUUGAUUGCAUACCCGCCACCGAGGGCCCGAAUUUGGCAGAAACUCUCCAAGUCCCGUUCACAUACUGCUGGUCAUCAGCGUUGAUUCCAAAACCCCAAGAAUGGGGUGCGCAUAUUGACCUAUGCGGGUUCUUCUUCCGUGAGCCAGUAGCCUAUGUGCCACCACCCUCCCUCGCUGAAUUUCUCCAAUCUGGACCUCCGCCAAUAUAUAUUGGAUUUGGCAGCAUUGUCCUUGAGAAUAUGGAGGCGACAUUGAAGAUACUGCUCGAUGCGCCCAAGCGCACCGGGGUUCGUGCAAUAAUAGCCAAAGGAUGGUGUCAUAUGCAAGGUGAAGAGUCACCUAAUAUCUACUAUAUUGACGAUUGUCCACACGAGUGGCUUUUUCAGCGCGUGGCUGCCGUUGUGCAUCAUGGAGGCGCUGGCACAACGGCCUGCGGUUUGCGAAAUGGAAAGCCGACCACCAUCAUUCCAUUCUUUGGGGACAUGGUUAAGGCCACAGGUGCUGGCCCCGAGCCGAUCCCUUACAAAGCCUUGACGACGGAAAAACUGGUCGAUGCCAUCACAUUCUGCUUGGAACCUACGACUGCUGCCGUAGCUCGAAGAAUAGGUGACCAGAUCAACCAGGAAAAUGGUGUUCGGGCAGCAGUCAACUCCUUUCAUGCACACCUUCCACGUCGAGACAUGGAAUGCGACUUAAUACCUGGCGAACCGGCGGUUUGGAAGUUCAAAAAGGGUCGACGCAUAGUCAAACUGUCCAAAAUAGCUGCUUUCAAACUGAAAGACCAAGGUCGCCUGCAGGCAAAGCACCUUCAACGGCACGGAACAAAACCCCUGAGCAUCGAAGUCCAACGGUGGGAGCCAGUGACAGCAAUCUCAUCAGCGACUUUAUCAACAGUUGCAGGUAUGGCAGAUGCCGGGGCCGGAGUUUUCAUUGAUCCAUAUAGAGAAUAUCGCCGUCUUCAAACAAAUACUGAGGCCACUGGAGUCUCUGUUUUAGAAGCAGAGGGCUCCAGAACACAGGAAAUGCCUCAGAACGCAAGCACCGACCAGAACGACACUUCACAUGCAAAGCAAAUGGCACUCGCCUCGGGGAUCAGUCUCGCUAAAUUUCUCGGACGCUCAUCGCGCGGCCUUUUCGUGGAAAUACCACUAGCCGCCACCGAGGGAAUGAGAGCAAUUCCCCGACUUUACGGCGACAAACUCCAUGCAAAUGCCCCUGUGCAAGAUUGGAGAAGUGGAAUGGCUGUUGGAUGGUCGGGGUUUACACACGGCGUCUACGAGGGAUUCACUGAUAUAUUCGUUCACACAUAUCGUGGGAAAAAGAAGCGCGGAUCCCUUGGUGUAGCCGAAGGCUUGAGCAAAGGCCUUGUCAGCCUAGCAGUCAAAACGGGAUCUGCAACAAUUGGACUAGUCGCUUAUCCAAAUCAGGGCAUUUAUAGAUCACUGCGCAGUGCGAUGCACAAAGGAUCAGCACAACAGAUUGACGAGGCAAGGUGGGCUGAGGUAUGGCUUCUUGAUACGGAUAGGGCGGCACGAGUGGACGUGGAAGCUUUGUGCUCACGGUAUGAUGAUUUGUUGUCUACAAGAGACAGCGCACUGCACUUGUGGCGUCGUUGA